AUGGGCUUACCUGAACACUGGGUUAAACUCAUUAAUCAGUGUGUCUCCACUGUCUCUUAUUCUGUUCUCCUCAAUGGUAGUCCUACUGGUCUCAUCAAACCAGAAAGAGGCUUAAGACAAGGAGACCCUCUGUCUCCUUAUAUUUACAUCAUUUUCUCAGAGGCUUUGUCCUCUUACAUUGAUGCUCUAACUAGAAAAGGUUUUGUUGAAGGCAUAAAGAAUGGUAGAUUUACCUAUAAAUCUGCUUACUUGGGACUUCGACGGCUCAGGCCUUCCCCUUGUAGUGCUCUUUGGAAGUGUAUUUGGAAAAUUAAUGUUCCUUAUAGAAUUCAAGUUUUCAGUUGGAAAGCUGCUAGAAAUGCUUUACCCGCUAGAACUGUCCUUCAUACUAGAAUGCCUAUGAAUUAUGUUGACUGUACUAGAUGUAAUGACCCUUCUGAAUCAAUUAUGCAAGCCUUAGUUUUUUGCCCUUUUGCUAGUCGUGUUUGGUUCUUAUCUUCUUUCUGUGUCAACACUCAGGCUUUUAGUACUAAAUCUUUCAUGGAUUGGAUGUUAUUCUGGUUAGUUAAUCUUGUCUAUAAACUCCCUGAUGGGGAUCAACGUCUCUUUGUUGCUAUCCUUUGGUCCUUAUGGCAGAGUAGAAAUAACCUAGUGUUUCAGAACAUCAAGGAGAAUUACACUGAUGUUCUGAUGAGAGCCAUAACCAUGCUAUUAACUAGGAAAUCUACUUUGAGCUUUGUGAUGAGGGACUUCACCAACACUGCUUCCUUUUGUGCCUCCAUUGUCUUUCAAGUUGAGUCUGUUGAAGAAGCUGAAGGCAGAUCUAUUUGGGCGGCCUUACAAAAAGCUGUGGAGCAAAAGCUUACUCAUCCAAUCAUUGAAAGUGAUGCUCAGAGUCUAAUCAAUCAGUUUUCUGCUGGAAUGUUUGAUGGAAACUCUAGAACGGAUGCUAUUUUUAAGGAUAUUCAGUUUUUUUCUUCCAAGUUUGUAGCUUGUUUAUUUGUUUUCCAGCCACGCACUUGUAAUUCUGUGGCUCACGAACUUGUCCAUUAG